AUAACGAUGAAUAAAAAAUAAGAAAGUAUCCACUUCAAAAAUACGGACAUGGAUAGACAUCGCGGCGGACUACGCUCUUCAGCCAAACACCGAAACUAACUUUCUUGUGCCAAAAGCUAGUAUAUAAGUUCUAUAUCUAUGUUCUCUGUUCACUCGAACGGUGAGCAAACGCGAAAACGUGAAGUUCCUUUUUUUCUAUUGCGGUGUCUCUUUAAUUCUUUGCUCAUGAAGGUUAUUUACGUUGACCGGUUUAUUUUUAUUAUUUCGUUAUAACUCACGAUAUACUAAAAAUGUUGAGACAAACGUUGAAAAAAUCGUUUGGAUAUGAUGAUUUUAAGAGCGAAAUUCAAGCGAAAGCCACAGCUGCUAUUUACAAAGGGGAUCGAGAUGUCUAUGUGUGUAUGCCAACGGGAGGUGGAAAAUCGCUUUGUUUCCAACUACCUGCAAUAAUGAAAGAAAAUGCUGUGGCCAUAGUGAUUUCUCCUCUUUUAGCUCUUGUUAAGAAUCAAGUAGAUUUCUUAGUGAGCAAACGCAUCAAAGCAUGUGCGCUCAAUUCAAAGACUCCUGCGGCUGAAAGAAAUUCUAUCAUUGCGGACAUAUCUUCUAAGAAACCAUCAACCAAGUUACUCUAUGUCACACCAGAAAUGUGCACGCAAGAUUUUUUUUUGGCGAUCCUGACAAAAUUGAAUAAAAUAAAGGCCAUAUCGUACUUGAUAAUAGAUGAGGCUCAUUGUCUGAGCCAAUGGGGGCACGAUUUUCGACCGAGUUACAGAAAGCUGGGUUCCUUCAGGCAAAUAUUAACGGGAGUUCCUGUGGUGGCUCUUACCGCAACCGCCGCAAAAGAGGUGGUUGAGGAUAUUUUUCAAAGUCUCAAGAUGAAUAAACCGCUUGUCUUUUCUGUUCCUGUCUUUCGACAAAAUCUUUAUUACGACGUUUGGUUUUUAGAGCCAUUGCCAAAACCGUUUGAUCAUCUGAAGAGCUUCAUUGUUGAAGCUCUUGGACCUAAGGACGAGACGGUUGGUGCGGAUAAACGAAGUUGCGGUAUUAUAUACUGCCGUAAAAAAGAGGCUACGGAAGUAAUAGCGCAGCGUUUGACCGAGCUCGGAAUCCCGACCCUAGCAUACCACGGCGGUCUUAACAGUCGGGAUCGUACCAACGCUCAAGAUAGGUGGACCUCUGGCGACGUGCCAGUGAUUGCGGCAACUUGCAGCUUUGGAAUGGGGGUGGACAAAGGAUCGGUUAGAUUCGUCGUGCAUUGGACCGUGCCUCAGAGCGUAGCUGCUUAUUAUCAGGAAUCCGGAAGGGCCGGACGUGACGGAAAGCCAGCAUUUUGCCGAAUUUAUUUCAGCAACGAAGAGCUACGAGCCAUUUCAUUUCUAACGAAAGAAAUUGGACCUGGACAAACACCCGAACUUGUUAAGGCCAAAUUUACGAGCUUUCAAAAAAUGGUUUCUUAUUGCCUGGAAGCGAAAUGCAGACAUGCGGAAUUCUCUAAAUAUUUCGGUGACCGACCACCUGCGUGCAAUAAUCGUUGCGAUUCUUGCGAAGACAAAGAUGCCGUGAGAUCGAGAAUAUCAGCGUUUGAAAUGGCACACUCGAAUCAACAACGAACUUCUAGGUCGAAUUUCGAUGGUAUAGCCUUGCCGAGAUACGAUAAAUUUGAUGGUGAAGGAGGCGAUGGUGAUGAUGAUGAUGGCGAAGGUCGGGAGCGUUUGAAAGCGCAAGAAAAACGAGAGGCCAUGGAACUUAUACAACAACAAUUCGCUCUUCGGCGCGGUAGCGGCAAUACAAUUGAAAAUAUAAAAAAACAAAACAGUCAAGCUGCCAAAAAAGCUCAAGUUUUUGCUGCUGAAAGUACAGACACAAAAGUGCGAGGGUUGACCGUACAGGUACGGGAACACUGUUUCACUCAGUUGAUCGAAGCUCUUUCUCAAAAUUACGAGAAAUUUGGUAAAAGCUUGAGCCACGAUGCCGAAGAUUUCCAAGUUCGAAACGUAGCCCGUGAAUUGGAAUAUGAAAUUCUGUGUCGUACCAUACUCGCAAAUAAAUACAAGCUCGAUAUAUUUAACGUUAUCACUGCUGUUCGAAAAUCAACGCAAAAUGAAACGGCAUACAAUUACUUCGAGGAAUACUGUACAAAAAGCCACGUAACGUCCGCCCCGGCUGACGUCAAAAAGAACAAACAAGAACAUUUCAACGGUUUUGUCAAGAGUUCGGAGCUUCUAUUGCAUCGGGUAGGAAAUACUGCCAAAAGAAAUGAUUCCGCGAAUCCAAAAGAGUCUACGUUUAGUCACGAGCUGAACAGCGGCUUUAGAACAGCUACGGAAAUAAAUAAUGACAGAUGUAUGAAAAACGGGUUAAACAAAAGCGUGAAAAAUUCGUCGGACACGAAAAAGUCUCACUCGAUAUUAAGCUAUUUUACAAAAAGCGUGACGAGUCAAAAAAAGACUGAGCUCGUAGGAGAGUCGUCUAACGAGCAUGAGGAUAACGAAGAACAACAUUCGGCUAGCGAUUCUGGUACGAUGAUGGACAAGAGCCAGAAUAAAAUUGAUGUGAAUGACCGACUGGGAAUCGACGCUGAGGCUUCUCCGCGAUCGCAUGUUGCGACGUCAAACUCAUCGAAACUUAACGAUCUUGAAUCUUCAAAGUCUCAGUCGAGUCACGAAAUUUUACACCCUCAAAUCGAAUGCUGCCUUGAGAGAGGGCUCGCAUAUUCUUGCACGACGUACAAUUGGUCAAACGUUGAAUCAUCAUCGAGUAAAGUAGAUCCAGAAAAUGAAAAAAAAAAUCGCGAAAAAUCAGGGAGAAAACGAAAAAUUACUGAUAUUUCAGAGACGAGAAUGGAGCAUUCGCAAGCAAAAGAUCACAAAAAACGACGAAACUGUAUCAACGAUGGGGAAUCGUCGGGAAAACCCGAAAACCUCGAGCACACUUCGAGAACUCCGAAAAAAUCCAACGAGACAAAAGACAAAAUUCGUACUCCGGCGAAUUUGGAGACGAAGAAAAAUACAGAGACUACAGAUUCAAAACUUUCGCACUCGCAACGUGUCACGAGACGCUCCAAAGAGGCUGCGAAUGAAACUGCAACGAACAAGGAUCAUCGAGUUUCUGGCGAAUCGAACAAAAAGUACGUACCGCGUGUACCAACCGAGAAAACAGUCCGUUUUGAGACGGCGAGAGUACUCAAAGCGUAUCUCAUGAAGCAUUAUCCCUCCAAACUCAUUCCGGACCGAGAUACUUUUACGAAAACUUGCAAAGAGAUGCAUCGAACGAUAAUGAGCAAAAAAAUUUUAGAUAAACCUGGUAUUUCAAAAUACGUUGAAGAAUAUUUCCUCGAGCAUUGAAGUUCCGGACGAGCAGCAUCACGGAGUGGCUUUCGUUCAGCAGAAAUCGAAAACUAGUCACAUAAAGUGCCUCAGAAAUCGUCGUGCCACAUUCCCUUUAAUUUUCCAGCCAGAUAUUGAUAAUAAUGGCGUAUUGGAUCAACACGACUUCGAGUGCAUGGCCCUUAAGAUGACGUUGAUCGAGGGCAAGGGAGACUUUAAUUACAAUCGGUAUCAGGAAAAUCUUCACAUAAUGCUCUCCUUGUGGGA